AUGGGUGACUCCCUAAUUUCCUGGGCUUGGAUUUUGAGCAGCUUUCAAGCUCAUAAUGAAAGCAUAUCAAAGGAAACGUUUGAGAGUUUGUUAGCUGAAAGGGUUUCAGCAUUCCAAAACAUUCGACACCCUUUACGAGGAAGCGUGCAGCCUUUAAAAGCCACUGAAGGAGAAGAAGAAGAUUGCGUUUUAUCUGUGUAUAACAAGUCAUACUCCGUUAAAAAGUCUCAAAAGGAAUUUGCAAAGAGACUGUCCGACCUAACGAGCUUCGAUGAAGCGGGUGUUCUUUAUGUAAUCCUCACCCACAGCGAAGAAUUUAUGCCUCAGCAUGCUUCUUACUCAGAUGAUGAUACCCAGCUUGUGCAGGAAUUCCAAAAGAGAUACUAUGCCGAGCUCUUUUCGUGUUGGAAGGUGUUUGUCUGUUUGCUUCGUGCUUGCGCAGAUCCGAAUCACUUUUGGUACAAAACUUCCAAAUAUAUGGUUGUCACUGUGUUAGAUCAAUUCAAAAGGUCAAAUUCUGGGGAACCAUCUGCCUAUUGUGUUGAUUUAGUCGCCUAUCUCAAUGAACUCUCGGAUCAGGCAGCUCCAAUUCAAUAUAGUAUACUGGGAGAAGCAACUCUAGCUCAUUGGUAUUUCUUUUAUUUUCACCUACAAUUGCAAUUACUCCGGGUAUUGUUUCUAUUAAUCUAUUCCCUCCUCCCAUGUACAUCGGAAGUUGCAAUCGCUUGGUUCUCUUGCAUGAAAAAGACAAGAUUUUUGCAUGAUCAGGAAUUUAUGCAUUUGGACGUGGAAACAGGAUUCUCUUUAUGCAAUAAGCUUACUUAUCUCGCAACAGUCAUUUCGACAACCAUCAUCUCUUUAGACAAACAAGUUUUACCGUUUCAAGAAAAUAGGUCCUUUUUUAUGACAUCCGGAGACUGUAUUUUGAAAAUACAGGACAUAAUGGCAAGUUUUCAUGGCGAUCCAAUCAGCUCACCAGUGGCUUUGGCUUGGGGCAUCGCUCUUCAUAAUCUUCAUAAUAAUCCGGAAAACUUAAGCAUGGUUGAGAAAGCUAAUGUGGUCUCACAAACUCUGUUCGAGAACCCACAGGCUUCUUAUCAGAGUAUGGUUGUCUCCGCCGUUAAACUUGAUCCUUUCUCUCUUAUAAACUCUAUCUUGAUUGCACUACAAAAUGACAUUAAUUAUGAUGGUUAUUCAGUUAUUUUGGCUGUUUUGUUUGCGGAUGCCAUUUCUUAUGUUAAAUUUUCGUCUUCGGUUAUCUUAUGUGCUACCACUCUUUUCAAGAAUCCACAAAUUUUUGAGAUUUAUUCCGAUGUUGAAAGUGUAGCUCAUUUAUUCUCUUAUGCUCGAGCUAGAUUCCCUUUCGAAUUAUCUCAGUUCCCGCUCUUGGUCACUCCCGUUCUUUCUUCGUUAAAUUUGCAACAGCCACUUAAUCCAGAUUCUAAUAUUAUAAACACCUUCACUCAAGUUUUACCGAAGGGUUUCAAAUCUUAUGAAAUUAUUCCUGAGCCGAAUGUUACUACAAAUGUUCUUAUUGAAUUGCAAGAUUCUUUACAUUUGGAACAAUCUGGGUUUUUCUUCCCGAACAAAGAAAAGGUUAUUCCUAAAGGUACCAGAGGUAGAAUUGUGUCUGUAGACACGUUUCCUCCCAUUGUCAUGUGGGACGUGGUUUAUCCACGUUGGCCUUGUAUUGGUAUUUCUUUAGAACACAUUGUGACCAACAAUUUAUAUCACGUGCACGAUGAAUUUUUGGUGACAUUUUUACAAACCUUGGUUGAUUUGUUCAAUUCGAACACCGACCAAAUACGUGAACUGACUCGAUCAAUUUCUCUUUCAUUGGAAGGUGAAUAUGAGUUUAUUGAUCUUAUUUGUAAUGUUCUAGACCACUACUUAUCGAUUCCCAGCUUGCGCGAUAUCGAAUACCAAAUAUGUGUUUUAUCUUGCCAACUCCUUUGUUUAUUUGUUUAUAUUGAACCUACUAGCAUAUGGGCAUAUGCGAGUCGCUCGUUGAAAAAGGUUCUAUCUCUAGACAAUGUAAUUUUUGAACACGAAUCACUCACUGGUAUAUACGAUUUUACUUUGGCUUUCUUUGAGCUUUACGAAUUGCUACUCGACAAUUGCAUAUCAAGGUCUGUAAUAUCUGAUGAUUUCUCCAUAAACCUAAAAAAUGAGUUUGUUAGGCAAACUAUUCAAUGCCUCUUUGAAAUCUUUGCCAAUUUCCUAGAUUGGAGAUACUCUAAGAUCAUCCAACAAUAUCAAGUUGGUAGCCGAUUCACAAGUAUAAUAACAAAAUUGCUUAAUGCAAUAUAUGGUAUAGAGUACUUUGGAUCCAAGUUCACAAACAAGAGAAUUAUACCAUUACAGCAAUUGGGAAAUUAUAUUGUACAAAGAUUUUUGGUACAGCAAGAUGCUAAACGCUAUUUGUAUCCCUUACUUUCAAUUUUGGAUCGCGUUAAUCCUUUAUAUAGCGAAAUUUUCUCUUCCACAGAUAAUGAUCUUGCUGAAGCUGCUGAGAAUUGGCUCGUUUCGUCUUUGGAAACAAUGCAAACUUUAAUUGACUUGAGAGGGUUUUUAAAGCUGAAGCCAUCCGAGUUAGAGAGAAACCUGUUUUCUCGUUCACCUCAACUUUUUUAUGCUUUACCUCAAAUUUACCCUUGUGUAUCUUCGAUCCUCAGACUGCUUACUUCUUUAAUUCUCGCCCCUUGGCCAUCCGAAACUCCUUCUCUUUUAGCUUAUAUGGUUAAUUCUACUGAUGUUGUUGGACGAGUCUGUGUACGUUUAUUGAAAAAUCCUAUACAUUCAAGCCAUAUUGAGGGAUGUGUUUGGAAGUUUUUGUCUUCGAUUAUGAAAGGCCAACAACAGGGAUUGGCAGUACUUCUUUUUUCUGGCAAAAAGUUCCCUCUAGAGAAUAUGAAAAGUUUAAGGCACAAUGAGCAAACCCAAAUAACAUCAAGAAGCCUUAUUAAUCUGGCUGAAAAACGAAUGGAUAACUUUUUCAUUAACGACAUCUCUUCACAGGUGCCUAUUAUUGAAUUUAUAUUUUUAUCAAGAAAUUUUUGGUCUGCUUCUUACGGGACAGCGCAGCAAGAAACAGACUUUUGGAAAAAAGUCGUCGACGCAAUUAAACUCCCGAUUACAGUUUCGAGCUCAGCAUUAUCUGAAACAUCCAAAGCAGAUCUUUAUGUUUUAGCUGCUCAUGCAGUAAGGAUUGCAGCUAUUCAGUUGCAUGUUUCAAAAUUCAAUAAAAGUGUCAGUGCGAAAAAGCUUGUUAUUGAUCCAUUGAAAGAUUUUAUCAAUGACCUUGUACAAACAACAUUUACAAUAACGACUUAUGAUCCUUCAGUCUUCGAAACUUUAAAUCAUAAUUUUGAAGAAUACCAAAACGAACUUAAUGCAAUGUCUUUAAAAAAUACAGGUAUAACCCCCCCUGUUUACGGAAGAAAUUACUUCUAUAAUACACAUCUUGCUAAAGCCAUGUUGUCUGUUUUCGGCAAUAUUGAGCCUUUAAUCAGCAAUAUAGAGAAUGCUAAUAAUGCUCUUUCUACAUUAGAUGCACAAACUGCACUUCUUCGGUCGUGGGGUAUAUUCUUGGCCGCAUUUAUUGAUUUCGUUAAAGAGGACAGUACAUUAUCUUUCCUGGACUUCGACAUUAUGCAUUGGAUUUUGGAGGCACUUGAAAACGAUACAGUUGAUUCCUUCAUUAUUAGAGAUUUAUCUAUAGAAAGAGCAGCUUUGGUUUUUCAUAUUUCACAGCAUGCGAUGUCAGCACCAUAUACUGAUAGUCUUAAAGAACGGUUAGAAACUCUAAUGGCGUUAACAUGGCGCGCACUAAGCACCGAUAAAUUCUCAUUGUUUGAUAUUAAUAACGGGUUUCAAAUGAAUUAUUACCGUCCUUUAUUUCAAGUUCUGUACAACGGUUUUAAUAAGCUCUUAUCGGCUCCUAAUGUGAAUGCGAAUAUUGAGGUGGGUAUUGUUUCUGGAAUCCUAUCGAUGUGUCAUCGUAAGCUGUCUCAGUUAUUUCAGCAUGCGAUUACGGAACCAACACCAGAUGUGCAUAGUGAUAUUGUUUUACUGAAUGCCAUUCAAAGCGUCAUAGUCAAUUCGAAUUUAAUGAAGGGAUUACAGUCUCUUUAUAUCAAUAUCAUUAUGGAUCAUUCAUCAAUAGAAAACUGUCUCCGCUUAUUUUCUUGGUCUCAUGCUUUGUUGAUAGACGGUCAACCAUAUUUUGCAGACGCAGCAAUGUCAUUUUUAGUCACUUGUUCUUCCAUACCAGCUGGAGCAGAGCAGGUAGCAUCCCACGGAGUAUUCUUUGCAAUUGCGGAAAGCCCAUUGAGUAGUUCAUUAAAGACAGGGGGACUUGGGGCCGACGUCUCGUCUGUUCAAUACAAAUUGUGGAUUCGAGGAAUCCUUCCUUUACUGUUUCAUAUCGUGAAGUAUCUUGGCAAUCGUAUCAUGAACGAUGCCAGAGAGUUAAUACUUUUGGUUUUACCUCAGAUACAAUUCUCAUUCUUAAAUUGGUCUCAACCACCUUCUUCGGUUUCAUUGGCGUCUAUAGACGAGUCUUUUAUGCUGGUCUUAUUAAUGGACCUUUUACAGUAUUUUAACCCCGCGUUACUACAAGAAAUUCGCGUAUCAGAACUGAAGGCAGAAAUGCUGAAUGGUAUUGAUUAUCUUGUAUCUCAUCCUAACUUCCUAUCCAGUUUGGCAGAGCCUGCUACCCUGUAUGAGCAAGAGUAUGCCAUGGAGGUUAUUGGAAUACCGAAAGAGGAUGCUGAGGCUUCAAAGGAAAUUAAAACGCAAUUUGCAAAACUAGUACGUAUGCAGCUUGAUAAAUUACGAGCUCAGCUUGAGUCUUCAUAG